AUGUGGCUGCUGAUUUGCACAAGUGCUUUUUGCAUACUUGCUGUUUUGGUAUGGCUGAUUCCCAGGUCCCAAGAUUUUCAUUCUGCUAUUGAGGGGAAGACCGUCCUUCUAGUUACUGCACAUCCAGAUGAUGAAUGCAUGUUCUUUGCGCCCACUCUACUAUCGAUUGCGGCUACCUCAAACACGAAAGUCGUCCUUCUCUGUCUCUCCAUAGGCGAUUACUAUAGUCAAGGCAUUGUGAGGAGAUUGGAGCUGACAAAGAGUGCGUCAGUGUUGGGUGUCCAUGGUGACAAUGUGGUGUUGAUAGAUGAUGAGAGUCUACCUGAUAGUCCCAGUGUGGAGUGGGACUGUGAGCUGGUGGGAGAGUAUGUGCAUAGGACCCUCUCACAGCACAGGGCGAAUGUGAUCAUCACUUUUGAUGACCUAGGAGUGUCUGGUCAUCCCAAUCACAUUUCUGUGUCCAGGGCAAUGAGGGCUCUCAAGAAUAAAGGCAAAUUACAAUCUGAGGCUGGUGAUGCUAUUCAAGUCCUCCUUUUAGAAACCACAAACUUGUUACGUAAAUACAGCAGCUGCUUGGACUGGUUUCCUGGCCUAUGUCUUGCCAGGUAUCAAACAGCAUGUGAUCUAAACGGGUACUUCAAAGGAAGGGUAAGUGUGAAGGAUAUUACUUGUCAUGCAUUAGGAAUCUUGUUUACCCAUGCACUACCGACUGUGAUCAGCUUUAUAAGUGCAUUAAUGCUUAUAUGUACAUCAGUAUACAUACAGUCCCACACCACGCACAUGCACACACCACCAUUUUGAGGCAUAAUAAUUAUUCCACAAAUGCCCACACACAAAAAGCAAGCCAUGAAGGAGCAUAGAAGUCAGUACAUCUGGUUCAGACAACUCUACAUCAUUUUCUCUAGGUACAUGUACAUCAAUACCUUCAAAGAACUCUAAUUAGUCAUCAUCAUAACUGUAAGACACUCAAUUUCUUUUAAAAUCACUUAUUUUUGGUUUACUACAUCAAAUGAAUGAAACAAAGAACGCUAAAAUAAGAUCACAGUGCAUGUUAAAUCUACAGAGUCAUAUAAUCAACAGAGUUGUGCACAUG